AUGGCUGCCAACAACUACUUGAAUGACUGGAGUGUGUCUCGUAGAGCCCCUAAAAAGGGAGGUUUGGCAGCUAAAGUUGAUCAGUUGAGUAGCGGACCAAUAGCACCUCAACAGCCUACAAAGAAGGUAACUGAGCAAAAGCAAACUGCAGAAGAGGUCAUAGAGUUGAGUGAAGAAGUUCAAGGGAAGACGGUUUUGAAAGAUGAAGCUGAGAAGACUGAGAAGCAGGAACCCACUAUCACUCCUAUUAAACAAUACAAGCCACCUGUUCCAUUCCCUCAAAGAUUGGCACAGGCAAAACUUGAAAAGAAAUAUGGGAAGUUCCUUGACAUCGUGAAGAAGCUACACAUCAACAUCCCUUUCUUGGAUGACAUAUCUAAGAUGCCUUCCUAUGCUAAGUUUUUAAAAGACAUGCUCUCUAACAAAAGAAAAAUUGAAGAGAAUGUCACUGUUUCACUAACAGCUGAGUGUAGUGCUAUUUUGCAGAGCAAGCUUCCAGAAAAGCUAGGAGAUCCAGGCAGCUAUUCGAUUCCUGUCAAGCUUGGAGAUAUUGCUAUCAAGAAUGCUUUGUGUGAUCUUGGGGCUAGUGUUAGUCUCAUGCCUCUCUCUAUCUGCAAGAAACUCAACAUAGGCGAACUAAAACCCACACGCAUCUCUCUCCAACUAACUGACAGAACAGUAAAGUUUUCACUUGGUAUCCUUGAAGAUGUUCCUCUUCGAGUGGGUAAAUUCUUUAUUCCUUGUGAUUUCGUUGUUAUGGAGAUGAAAGAAGAUGCUCAAGUUCCCAUCAUUCUUGGGAGACCCUUUUUAGCCACUGUUGGAGCCAUUAUUGACAUGAAAAAGGGUAAUAUCACCUUUGAAGUAGGUGAUGAGAAGAUGGAGUACACACGCACAAACUCCAUGACUUCCCAUUCUAUGGGAGAAACUGUUUAUAGAGUGGAUGCUCUUGAUGAGGUUAUAGAAACCAGAGCCUUCAGUUUGCAACUUGAUGAUUCAUUGCAAACGGUCUUGAUGGGUAGUGCUAAUGAGGAAGAUUGGGAGACAAGGGAAUACAAGAGACUUCUCGAGGAAAUACGAACAAUUGAAUCUGAAAAGCCUCUUAAGGAGUUGAUGAGCUCGGGGGAAACUAAGGAGAGUACUAAGCCUCCUAAGGUAGAACUUAAACCUCUCCCCUCUACUUUGAAAUAUGUAUUCAUGGGUCCCAAUGAUAGAUACGCUAUUAUUGUUAAUGUUGAGCUUGAUGACAUUCAAAUUGAAAAAUUACUUGUUGUUUUAAGGAAAUAUAAGAAUGUCAUUGGGUACACCAUUGAUGAUAUUAAGGGUAUUAAUCCCUCAUUUUACAUGCGCAAAAUCAUUCUUGAGGAUGAACAUGCUUCUUCUAUAGAAUCUCAAUGA